AUGCAGCUUGUCGGACCGCUGCCGCGUGAAAUCUUCAGUGCGGCUGCGUUCAGUGGGCGCACUGCGGCGGUUGACGACGCCCUGCGGGCGACUGACACCCCGGUUGCUGAAGACGACUGUCCCCGGGAAGGCGCGAAACUGUGGGGUGCGGGGAAUCCGUUUCGGAGGUCUGUUAAGAUUGAGCGGGAGUGUGGCGCACACGAUGUGGAGGCCGUGCGCUACACAAAUGUGUGUUGCUUCUUUGAUCUUCGAAUGGGGGGGCACGUUUGUGUGGGGUUCUUGGCCCCAGCGAGGGUCUCUCGGGGUUACGGCGUGCCGCUCGCCCUCCUGAAAAGCUCCAGAAGCCGUGUGCCACGGACCCACGCACACACACGCUGGGGGAGGAGGGCCUUCUGCGGGAGCGGCAUUAAAAAAAGAGGGAGGGGCUCGCGGGGCUGCGGUCGCCAACGGGACGGCGUGCAAGGCGCUGCGUGUUGCGGGCGGGCCCGGCGUCGCGUCCCGGGGAGGGGCUUAGCGAUGUGGGCGCCGCAGGAGCCGGCAGGCCGAGAGGGUGGACGCAACGUGCGGGGAGCUGCACGGGGGGCGGCGACCGAAAACGCUCUGCUCUUGGGCGCCUCCUUUUUUUGUUGUUUUGUGAGUUCUCCGAGGGCGGGGGAGGAGUUUGUUUGGGCUGCGGUUUGCAGCGGCGGAUGCGCAGCACAACACCACCGCCAGCGCGGCGCAGCAGCGGCCCAGUGA